AGACGCGCACAAAACGGCUCGUUCUUAUCGUCUAACGCGCUACGUUGGUGCUGUGACAGUCCCGAGUCGAGUUCACUCUCAUCUCAAGUCCCCAGCUUCUUCAUUUCCGUCGUUAAAUCUUAUCAUGACCGCAUGCAUCUGUUCUAUAGUCCCUCCCUCCUCAUCGAUUCGCGACGCAGUUUCUCGAAUAUCUCCAAACCCUAACCUGCCAAUCACUUGUGCUCUCAAACGAAGACUCACGAGCAACUCUGCGCGACUCACUCGAGUCCUCCAAGAUGGAACCGGACUUAAUCCAGUAGUCGAUGCUCCAGAAGAAGAGGUCCAUGGGGUCCUUAAUGGAGUCGCAGACGCGAAAGCAACAGAAGAAACCCUAGAGCUGUCGAGAACUUCAUCGACCGAAGCAACGAAGAAGAUAGAGGACGAGGACAGCUAUGAUAACAGGUUUAAGCUUCGAAACGGAAGGGAGGUGUUGGAAGAAAAAGCUUACCUGGUGGGUGUUGAAUGCAGAGGUGGGAUGGAGGAUUCCUUUAGCAUGGAGGAAUCACUCAAUGAACUAUCCCAGCUAGCUGACACAGCUGGACUGAUGGUUGUUGGUUCUACUUAUCAAAAACUUGCUACUCCAAACCCGAGGACUUACGUUGGGUCUGGAAAGGUUGCAGAAAUUAAGAGUGCAAUUCAGGCAUUAGAUGUGGAGACUGUAAUAUUUGAUGAUGAGCUUUCAGCAGGGCAGUUGCGUAAUUUAGAUAAGGCUUUUGGUGGAGAUGUUAGAGUUUGUGAUCGCACUGCUCUCAUCCUGGAUAUCUUUAAUCAGCGAGCAGCAACACGUGAGGCAGCUUUACAGGUGGCAUUAGCUCAAAUGGAAUAUCAGUUGCCACGACUGACAAAAAUGUGGACUCACCUUGAGCGUCAAGCAGGGGGCAGGGUGAAAGGAAUGGGCGAGAAACAAAUUGAAGUGGACAAGCGUAUCUUACGCACUCAAAUUGGUGCUCUUAAGAAAGAGCUAGAAUCUGUUCGACGACAUCGAAAGCUGUACCGGAGCCGGCGUACUUCUGUACCUGUUCCUGUUGUUUCUUUGGUUGGCUACACAAAUGCUGGGAAGAGCACUCUUUUAAAUCAAUUGACUGGGGCUGAUGUCCUUGCUGAGGAUCAGUUAUUUGCGACCCUUGAUCCAACUACCAGAAGGGUGCAGAUGAAGAAUGGGAGGGAGUUUCUUCUUACUGAUACUGUCGGAUUUAUUCAAAAGUUACCAACUACAGUGGUUGCUGCCUUCAGGGCAACAUUGGAGGAAAUAUCAGAGUCAUCUCUUUUGGUGCAUGUGGUGGAUAUCAGCCAUCCUCUAGUGGAGCAACAGAUAGAUGCUGUGGACAAAGUUUUGUCAGAACUAGAUGUUUCAUCUAUUCCAAGGUUGAUGGUUUGGAACAAGGUUGACCAGGUUAUUGAUCCUCAAAAGGUAAGGUUGGAAGCAGAGAAAAGGGGUGCUAUUUGUGUUUCAGCUUUAAAUGGGGAUGGAUUACAAGAAUUCUGCAAUGCGGUUCAGGUGAAACUCAAGGAUUCUAUGGUAUGGGUGGAAGCUUUAAUUCCAUUUGACAAAGGAGAAAUUCUCAGUACGAUACAUCAGGUUGGAAUGGUAGAGAAAACUGAAUAUACAGAAAAUGGGACAUUGGUCUGCGCGCACGUGCCCCUUCGGCUUGCAAGGUUUCUUACCCCAAUGAGGCAGUUGUGCAAAUCGUAGCCAUCCAUUCCUAGAACUUCCUUGAGUGCUCCAUUCAAUGUAACAAAAACAGUAUAAUAUGUAUUUUUUUCUUAAUAAUUCACAAAAAUAUAAUCAGUUUGGUUCCCACCUAACACAUUUUGGCUUGUGUCACAUAUUUCCCCCAGUGGCUAUCCAUCUGAUGAAGGCUUGUAUAUAUCAGGGUACUGCCAACUUUUGGGACGCUCUCAUGUGUACCCAAAAAAUUUAUUUUGUAUGUAAAAUAGUUUUGUUUCUUGUAUGUUAUUUUGGUAAAAGAUGUUGCCCUAGCACCAUUUUUUAAA